AUGGCUGAUCCAAUGUUCAAUAAGCCAGCGCGUAUAGAUAUUUUAAUUGGUGCGGAAAUUUUCUUCGAUUUGUUGUCGAUUGGACGAAUUUAUCUUAAUGAAAGGUUGCCAACCCUACAGAAAUCCAUACUAGGGUGGAUAGUUGCAGGCAAAGCAGAAGAAUGUUUAGCGCCUAGUCAUAAAAUAAAUAAUAUGCUGGUCAAUCACAACCAUAAUGAGAAUGAAAACUUGAGUCAAUUGGUUGAAAAAUUCUGGAAAAUAGAACAGAUUUCAACUAAAUCAAAUUUUUUAACCGAAGAAGAAGAGGAAUGCAAGAAAAUUUUCCGUGAAUCAAUUCGUAGAGAUACAUCUGGCCGAUUUAUUACGAAAAUUCCAUUUAAAACAACAGUGAGUGAUUUGGGUGGUUCCUAUAAUGCUGCCAAACGACGGUUGCUGUCACUAGAGCGUAGGUUGAGUAGAGAUCGCUCUACACGAGACGCUUACAACGCAUUUAUGGAUGAGUACCUCUCUUUAGGUCACAUGACGAUCGUUGAAGAAGCUGAUAUGGAUAAGAUAAAAUAUUUUGCACCGCAUCAGUAUGUGCUACGACCAGACUCCACGAGUACGAAACUUCGAGUUGUGUUCGAUUGUAGCUGUAAAACUGACAGUGGCUUGUCAUUAAAUGAGGUAAUGAUGAAAGGACCACUGGUUCAAGAUGACCUGUUAUCUAUAAUACUGCGAUUUAGAUGUUACAAAUAUGCAAUUACGGCAGAUGUAACAAAAAUGUAUCGCCAAGCAUGGGUGACUGAUGAUGAUGCGAAUUAUCAAACGAUUUUGUGGAGGUCUUCCUCAGACGAAAACAUAAAGGCCUAUUGCUUGCGAACCAUUACUUAUGGUACAACAUCUGCCCCCUAUUUAGCUACAAGAUGCUUAAAACAGUUAAGUGAAGAUUAUAUAGAUAAAUAUCCGAUUGGAUCGAGAAAAGUGUUAUCUGAUUUUUAUAUGGAUGAUUUGAUCAGUGGAUCAAACGAUGAAGAUAAAAUUUUUGAAAUAUAUAAUCAAGUAUCAGCAAUAAUGAACUCAGCAAAAUUUAAGUUAAGGAAGUGGUUUUCAAAUAGUGAAAAAUUUCUUAAUUUCGUACCUGAAGCUGAUAAAGAAAAGACUCUUCGGAUGAAUAAUGAGGAAAUAAUAAAAACUCUUGGUAUCAUCUGGGCUCCAGUGGGAGAUACGCUCGAAAGCGGUGACAAAAAGAAUAGUGUUGUCGGAACUAUCUAA